AUGGAGGGUCAGACGAGCCCUACGGCAUCAACUGGUGGGGACAUCCUGGUACAGCUGCAGGCCCAACUACAAGUUCAACAAGAACACCUACUUCGGCAGGAGCAGAUGGUGAACGCCAUGCAGCUGCAACUGAAUGACAGUAUGACAAGGAUGCAGCGAGCUGAGGAGGAGCGCAACAUGGUGCUCAAGCUGGCUGCGAAGAAGGGUGAGGAUCUGAUGGAUAGCAAAGGUGUUGGACAACCCUUCAAGUUUUCAGGAAAAGCCGACCAAGAUUUCAGUGAGUGGAAUCAUAAAUUCAAGACAUUCAUGAAGGCCAAGUACGGUGAGGAGGUUGACAAGAUCCUGAGCUGGGCAGUGAAGCAGCGCAAGGUCAUUGUCAAGGAGAAUGACCCCUUCAGCGACAGACAAGUGGCUUGGGGCGACGUCUUUGGGGAUGGAGCCGAUUUGACAGACCAGAUCGACAACGUGGACAACAUGGUUGGUGGAUUGAUGGCCUACCUGGUGAGCUUCACGACAGGGGAGGCCAACAAGGUUGUGAGAAAUGCAGGCAGUGAUGGCGUCGAAGCUUGGCGCCGGCUGUUGAAUGAGUUCGAUCCAACAUCAGCCAUGCGGAGAGUUGUGAUUUUGGGGAUGGUUCAAAACCCCCAGAAGUGCCAGAAGAUAGAGGAUUUGGGUGCCUGCUUGGAGGAUUGGCUGUCCAAGAAACGACAGUAUGAGGAGUUCACGGAUGGCCAAGGCAACCCAUGCAGAGUGAGCGAUGACUCUUUGAUGGCCGGGCUCUAUAAACUCAUGCCGGAGUCCUUGGAGGAGACGGUGAUGUUCAAGCAGGACGAGUUCAACAACUUCGAGUCGCUCUUUGACAAGCUCUCAUCCUUUGCGACGGUUCGACAUAGCCUUCAACUUUCUCGUCGAGAUCUAUCUGGUGGCAACUUCAAGCAGAAGAAGGACCCGGAUGCAAUGGACAUUGGGGCUGUGAGCAAAGGCAAAGGCAAGGGCAACAAAGGCAAAUCGCCUCCUUCGGGCAAAGGCAGCAGCUUCAACAAGAUGACUUGCUACAAGUGCGGCAAGGCUGGUCACAAGGCUGCGGAUUGUCGUUCAGGAGGAGGAGGCAAGAAGGGAGACAAAGGUGCCAAGAGGAUCGACAAUGUGCAGUGCUGGAAUUGCUUCAAGUACGGGCACUAUGGCAAGGACUGUUGGUCGAAGAAGUCCGACGACAAAGGCAAGGGCAAAGGCUCUGGAAAGAAGGGCAAGCAAAAAGGAGGUCAGGCCAAUUCGGUCGAGUCAGCUGGACAACCCGAGAAGGAGCCAGAGUUGUCUCACUUGGACCUUUGUGCUGUGGAGGAAUAUCCGAGCUUCACAGGUGAGGAUGGCAAUGAGUACCUCUCCGUGACGGUCAAUGCAGAUCGAGGCAGUGCGGGUGCAAGCAGCGGACAAGUGGGGAGCAUUUUCGCUCGUCGACACCUUCAAGGAGGAGAAGUGGCGACAGGGUCAUCAGGGCCUGUAGUGAGGUCAGCACCAGCAGCAACACCAGGAACCACAGAAGCAGUUGGAGGAGUUGAACGACUUGGACCCCGUUGUGACGCCAGCAGGAGCAGAGAUGUCACGAGGUCUAGAUCGAGACAGAGGUUUGAGGAGACUUCCCAAUCAGAAGUGACUGAGGUGCAGGAUGUGGACCACAACAGCAUGUUUGAAGAAGGUGAUGCUCCUGGCAAUCCAGACUACAUGGUCAGGUGGAAUGGAGAAAACUGGAUCCGCCUCAACUACGACUCAGGUGCGGUUAGCACUGUGAUCCCGGUGGAGAUGGCACAUCAAGGAGGAGUUCAUCUUCGCCGAGUUGGAGAUUAUCGAGUGGCCAAUGGUGACAGGAUCCCUCGGUAUGGUCGGGUUCGAGUGCCUUGCACCGAUGAACAAGGAGGUCGCAGAGGCUUCAGGGCGACCGUGACUCAUGUGCACAAACCCCUGGGAUCAGCGGGGGAGUUCAGUGAAAAUCACGAUGCCUACAUCUUCAAGGAGGGUGGCUUCCUGGUUGCUCGAGAGAGUGCAAUGGCAGUUUCGAUUCGUCAGCACAUUGAGGAGUGCAAGGCGAUCUAUGGCAUGAACGAUGUGGUCGAGCUGCACAAAGAGGGCAAUCUCUACAACAUCUACCUCAAGCAGCGUGGCAACAUCCAGGAGAUCAAUGCCCUUGAUCGUGGGUCUCCGAGUGGGCCGGCUCGUGAGCUCAGCAGCGUGGGAGAAGAGGAGGAUGGAAUUAGCCCAUGGAUGGGCUGGUCAUUGGCUGAAGCGUCAAUUGACUACAUGCAUCCAAAGGGUGGCUCGGAGUCAGACAUUGCAGACUACCCCAAGCCGCCUGGAAUUCUCGAUGGUGCACGACUUGCAAUCCGAAGAGAUUACAAUUGUUUCACAACAAGGAGUACUUGGACUGAAGGGCCAUUUUGGCCGCAAGUUUUCAGAAGAUUGACCUACGGUGAUGGUGGAGAUCUACUUUUUGAUGACGAGAUCACCGACAACAUGUCCUUUGACGAUAUCCACAAGAAGUUCGAGCCCAUGCAACACACCUUGGAGACACACCUCUGGUACAUGCCCGAGUCCACGGAGGGUGUCAAAGUCAAGAAGCAGCCGAAGGUGGAGACGCCAAGCAAGAGCCAGAUAGAGGAGCAUGAGGCGCAGAACCAUGCGGUCUACCGCAACUGGUGCGAAACGUGCAUCAGGGCAAGAUCUACAGGAUCGGUCCAUAGGAAGAGGACGCCAGAGGAGAAAGCAGAUGAUGGACCAACAGCCCAUUGUGACUUUUUCUUUCUUCAAUCAUCACCGUUUUUGGCUUUGAGGAUGACGCCUUCCGGGAGAUAUCAGGCAGUCCCACUUCUAGACAAGAGCAACAGCGACUACACCCAGAAGGCAGUGAUGAGGUUUCUACGUGAGAGUGGUCACAAGAGGCUGGUGUUCAAGAGUGACAAUGAGCCUGCUUUGGUGGCGAUCAAGAAUGCGGUGGCUGAGAGACUUCCAGAUGUGGAGAUCAUCCAGAAGAACAGCCCUGUGGGAGAUCAUCAAGCCAAUGGGAUGAUCGAAGUGAGCAUCCGAGAGUUGAAAAGGCAGAUGAGGGCACUGAGGAUGAGUUUGGAGUCAAAGCUCAAGAAAACCUUGGACAACAAUCAUCCUUUGGUGGCUUGGAUGGCUAGCUUUGCAGCCGAAGCUUUGAACGUCUUCCGAAAGGAUUCAAGUGGGAAGACGGCCUAUGAGAAGGAACUUUCUCGGAAGUGGACGAAGCCCUCGUUGGAGUACGGGGAGAAGGUCUACAUCAGGGAGGCCAAGGAGAAAGAUGGGAGGCUCGACUGGGAGCCGAUGUCAGUGGCAGUCCGCUUCAUUGGUCACCAUGCGCGGACCAACUCAGUGAUGGGAUUGUCUGAGGAUGGCCUGAAGAUUGGCCAGGCAGUCAAGCGGCUGUCGAUGGAUCAGAGAUGGACCCAAGAUGGCCUUGAGGAGUUGCGCCGUCGAGAGAAGCGGUGCGACUUCCUCCACCACUUGACGAUCUACCUGGACUUGGGAGGUGAAUUCUCCAUUGAGGGGGAACAGAAGCCUGAGAAGAAGAAAGUUCGAUUUGAACUUCCAGUUGGAUCCAACAUCGAGGACAAGGUGGACAAGAGGGAAGCUGAGGGAGAUCACCCUACUUCGUCAAGUUCACCUACAAAGAAGAUGAGAAAGGAGGGCCUUUUGGGCCAGAAAAGAUCGGCCGAAACAUCGCUGCAGGAACUUGAUCCAGCGGCAACUGGAGCAGAUGAGCCUGAAUUGGUGAGAUUGGAUGUGGAUGCGCCAGAGAUUGCAGUUGGGGCGCAAGACGUGACUGUGGAGGAUGUUCUUGGUGGUGGCACUUCAUCAUUGCCGAGUGCUACGUUGAGUUCAUCUACAUCAUUGCAGAGGUCUUCACAGCAGAACCCUGCGGAUGACAUCUCAUCCUUGGACAUUGUGGACUAUGACAUCCACAUGAGUGACGGCAAAUGGAAAGGCCUGGAGGCCUUGGAUGUGGUGGAGCGCCAGAUUGAGGCGCGAAAGGCUCAGAUUGGAGCCGUUGAUGUGGCUGAGAUCUUCAGUCCCCCAAGGUUCACAGCGGGAGCUCCUCACCUUGGAUUGAAUCCGGGCUUUGCUGUGGAUCUGCAGACUGGCUGGGACUUGGACAGUGAGAAGGACCUGAAGGCCCUGGACAAGUUGAUGAAGGAGCAAGACCCAUUCUUGUUGACUGGGAGCCCAAGAUGCGAUCCAUUUUCAGUGCUGAGGUUCUUGAACAAGAAACGCCUCAGUGAUCCCAAACAUCUUGAAGCUCGAGAACGUGGAGUGAGGCAUCUACGUCUUUGCAUCGAGAAGUACAAAGAGAGGCACAAGAAAGGCAAGUAUUUCCUCCAUGAACAUCCUGCUCAAGCAGACAGCUGGGAUGACGAGAAGAUGGUGGAGCUGCAACGACUGGUUGGCCCUAUGUGUGCGUGGGGCAUGGCUUUAUCAACACAUCGACAAGGGCAUGGUUUGGUCUAUAAGCCCACCAAGUUUGUCACCAAGUCCAGGGAGAUUGCACAAAUCCUGGACCGCCACUGUUUGAACAGGAGAGGAGGUCCGGUUCAUCGACAUGUAUCCCUGAUUGGUGGCCUUGCACAUCUUUGUGCGCAGUAUCCACAAGAGCUGGUGAAUGCGGUACUGGAGGGCAUCAAAAGACAGAUGAUGCGAGACAAUGUCUUGAGUUCGGUGGAAUCAUUUGCAGCUGGUCCAGUGCCAAGUGAAGCAACUUUCACAGAUGAGUGGCAGCGGGAGGCCGAGCAGUUCUUUGAUGACAUCAGUGGUGAGGAACUUCCCGCAGAAGGAGUCAGAAAAGCUCGUAUGGAAGAAGUGGCCUGGAUCAAGAAGAUCGACUUGUACACGAAGGUGCCAAGACAGCUAGCAGUUAGCCGUGGGAAACAAGUUCUUCCUGUGCGCUGGGUCGACAUCAACAAAGGUGAUCGACAUCAUGUGAAGUUGAGGUCGAGGAUAGUUGGCAAGGAGCUGAAGGCGAAAACCAAGGAAGCGCUAUUAGCGCAUGAAUUGUUUUCUGCGACUCCGCCAUGGGAGGUCAUCAAGGGCUUGUUCUCGCUGCUGGUCACCGACCCCAAGGAGGACACUGAGAACAAGUUCGGCAACAACUACAAGCAGGACAAAGACCUGGUGGUUGGAGUGUUUGACAUCUCGCGAGCCCACUUCAUGCCCAAAGCACAACGGGAGCUCUACAUCGAGAUUCCAGAAGAGGAUCGUGAAGAAGGAGAUGGAGAUGUUGUUGGACGUCUCAACAGAGGCAUGUAUGGAUUCAGGGAUGCUUCGAAUGCCUGGAUGAAGGAUUGGCAAGAUGUCUUGAAGAGCGGUGGCUUCACCGUUGGAGUUGCAAACCCCGCUCUCUUUCUCAACGAGGAGGACAAUUGUGGUCGCCGUUGGGUGCGUAUAGAGCCUGACAAGAGGCACAUUGAGCUGAUCGUUGAAGGAGUUGGCCUCAACAUGAAUUCAGCUGGAGUGACAACGCCUUCAAUAAAACAGACUGAUGCGCAGGCAGCAGCAUUGGAGACGUCAGCUGAUUUGAGUCCAAAGGCUGAGUACUACGCCUUGACGCAUGGAGCUGCUCAUGGUCUUGGGAUGCAGAGCUACUUCCAGGACAUUGGGCUGAGCUUGGGCGUGGUGCUUGAAAGUGAUUCGAGCAGUGCAAAGAGCUUUGCAAGCCGACAAGGGCUAGGUCGACAAAGACAUGUUCAAGUACGAUAUCUUUGGCUUCAACAAGCCGUGGCCAAGCACAACGUAGUGGUCAGGAAGAUCGGAACCAAGAGCAACGUCAGCGACAUCCUGACGAAGGCCAGCGAUGCAACGACCAUCGCAAGGAGGAGUGAUCGAAUUGUGACUCCGUGCAUAGCAUGGUCGGAUCAAAAGGAGCCGGCAAAGGCUGAAUGGCUCCUGGGCUCAUUUCUGACCAAGAAACUGGUAGCGUGGAGCCCAGAUGGGCAACUGGGAGGUGCUCAAGGGCGAGCAGCGGCCCGUGAGGCAUCGGGGAGAUGGCAGACAUAG